AUGCGCGGACAAGCCGCCGCACUCCUGGUGCUCGUGUGCCUGGCGAGUCGCGCCUCCGGCCGGCCUGCUGACACGGGCGGUACAAGCAGCGCCAAGAGCGACCACACUGCUCGCGAGGAAACGCUUGCGAGGCUUCUACGGGAGGAGCUGAGGACGCUCGAAGGCUCGUCUUUCCCGAUGUCGGGCGCGCGCCGCGACUCCAUCGCCGCUAUAGUCGCAAGCGAAGACGGUGACCUGGUCGGCUCGUCCGGGCACGUGGACGGGACCAGUGAUGCCAGCGUCGAUCUCGCUGCCGUACCUGAGUCGACUGGCAAUAAUCGGGUGUCCAGCCACCAGCAUUACGAGGUGGGACGUUCGCUGGGCUCCAAGGAUUCCACGCCUUCCGAGGAAGCCAUCGGGCAGCAGCGACCGCCCUCGUACAGGGAAUCUGACCACUUGGCCGAGAAGCGAGCGCUUCCACCGCAUGUGGUGAAGGCGCGUUCUUCCGGUGAAGGUGUCAUGAUGAAGGUCAGGUCUCGCUCGCGGCCCGUGUACAAGCCUCUGUAUUCGUCCAGCGAGCACCUGGCAGCCAGGCCCGCGAUUCCAUUGCCGCAGAUUGAAGCGUAUUUGAGCAGCAAAGCCGCGGAGUCGAUCGCAGUCGGAGCACCGUCUCUAUUGGACGAAGCUAAGGAGGUCGUCGUUGCACCUGCUGUAACGCAGGCCGAAGCACUCCAGGGACUGUCGACAGUGUUGCCGCCAAGAUACUCUUCGACGAAAGCGACUCACCAAACACCGACCGUGUUUCCAUUCGUCCCAAAGAGCACAGCGACUCCUCAGGUACCGGAACUGGUUUCCGAGGCUUUGCCGAAUAAGCCUGUUCUGUUGCACGCCGUUGAGGAACUUGUAGGUGAAGAAUCCGUCUUACAAUCCUCGUCAAAGCCACCGCCCGUGCCGAGCGCAUCUACUACUGAAGCUCCUAGCGUGUCGCUCGACACUACUGUUACGGAAGUUGCGCCAACUACGACACAAGAAUCGAAAGCAGCUGUGACGGCCGAAAAGGGAGCGGCUGUUCCCAGUGUUGAUGAACACGCACCGCAACCACCAAAACAGCAGACAGUGAAGGCAGCGACCACCGCGCCUACUGUGUCAUUUCCGACGAACCUGUAUCUACCAGACGCCCUGGUUUUGUCCAACCAGCACAGCAAACCUCAGCACUCCAGGUUUUCUCCGGCAACCGUUCCGAGCCGGCGGACGGCUACGCCUACGUACCACGAUGAACACAAGACGAGUGCGACGGUUCCGUCGACCAGAGCACCCCCGCCUUUCCCGCCGAGGAGGCGAAUGACAUUCCAGCCUUUCCGGAAAACUACAACAACAGCAAUGCCUCUUGACUCAUCUGUAUCUACGGAUCCCACGCCGCAGUGGCAAAGGGAGUCGCCAGUGCCGCCGCACUACGCAGCAGACGACGAAUUCGACGUCGGUAGAAGGAAGGAACCUACCAUGCGGCCCGUGCCGGAUACGACUAAACACCUUCAUGUAUCAACCGAGCCCUCUGUGAACCCAGAACUGAAAUUUCCCGAUGUACCUGAGGAACAAGACGAAGGCCACCACGUUGAACACUCUCAAUUUGUCCAUCCCGGCGAAAACAAUGUUCCACAGAAUGAGCAAUCUGUCUCUCCCGCGAGUGUGCAAACUCCCUCGGAUACUGGCUCUGCCUUGCCAUCAGCAGACCAAAUGAAAAAACCUCACACUGACUCUGUACCAGCGAAACCUCUUCACUAUGGCCUCGAUUCGGAGGUGGCACCAGCUGUCGUAGCGGCUGAGUCAUCUGUCGCCGAAACAGCUGUCCCGGAUAAGGCGUCUCAGACGGGUCCAGAGGACAGUCCCAAUGCAAAGCCGGCAUCUGACAUCACGCCAAGUCAAGACGAGGGGUCUCUCGGUCUUCCUGGCUCCCUGAGUGACCAGCAGAGUGCUCUCGAAAUCUUGGAGCAACUUCACAAAGCCGAAGAAGCGCCUAUCGAAGAGCCAUCUGCUCUCGCUGACCCACAAGCAGAUGCCGAAUCCCAGCCGUCCUUCAACAUUGAUGACAUGAUGGUGUCCUUAGCAAUGGGUGAAGGCGACGGCUCAGACGGAGGUGAAGACCAAGCGCAGAGCGCGCCACAAGCGCCAGCUCAUCUUAUUGACAUGCAAGGACGGGUGAUCUACUAG